AUGCUUACCCCGCUAUUUUCCCUGACCCAAACAUCCGAUAAGCUCAUCCUAAAACUUCACAUUCCCCUGGCUGACUUAAGCAAUUCGGAGUUCCUCGUGGAAGAUGGUGUCGUAUUCUUUGGUGCUCCGCCAUAUUACCUCCGACUUGGGCUUCCUGGAUCAGUCGUGGAAGAUGAUGAUCACAUAGAGUUUAAGUUAGAAUCUGGAGAUAUGUUCGUCACGAUGACAAAACUAACGCCUGGAGAACACUUCGAAGAUUUGGAUAUGCUGUCUAGAUUUAUAAUCAACUCUGACUCAAAGAAAUCGGCCUCAAAUGUGGGAAUACAAAUUUUGGAUUCGACUACAACCCUGCCUGAAGGGACAGUGGAUUAUGAUUGGUUUGUAGAGCUGCUAGAAGAAAACGAUGCCGCUAGAUCUGAUGACGAUCCCAUGAACGUGGAAAUAAUCAAGUACCCGUAUGGAUUCGCCGCGUCCAAGUCAGGGCUUUUCGUAGAUAAGCCAGAAACCUGUUUACCGAUCGACCUGCCGAAUCCUGAUUUUUGUCCACCUUCGAAACGGCAUAGACUGCAGCUUCAGUCGGUUCAGGAUCACUUUCAGGCAGAACACUAUAUAGCUGAUUACUAUGAAACGGAAGCGUCUGCUAAUGCACUGCGCCAGUCGAUUCCUUGGACUGAGGACAAGACGGGAGCUCCCGAAUUUUCCGACGAGUAUCGUCAUCGUUUGACUGUCCUUUCCACGCGUGCAUUGCCUCUCCUCCCACCAUCCCCUUCUGAUAUCGGUUCUUUGGAAAAAGUGAAAGUAGAAGAUACAAGGACCUUUGUCUACCUUGGACUUGCAGAUUUGUUAUUCGCCUACACCUACGACUACCGUGUUAGAGAAGGUGAUGAGAACUGUGAAUCUGGUUGGGUUGUUGCCAAGAUUGCAUCAACUUUGUCCUGGCUUGAGGCAAGUUUUACACAACUAGAACAUGUGACGCGAUUCUUCGUUCUUAUG